UUUGCCUCAUCGGUCCCGUUACAGAACAGUUAUGGGCGCCUCCCAAGGGACACUCGCAGUGACCCUGUGGUUUUUCUGUUUGGUGAGCGCCGACUCUGGGGGCAUCGACAAGAGCGAUGGUGGCUACACCAAUAUUAGGGUAUCAAUCGAGCCGGAUGUUGCGCCAAACGAAGACAUUAUCCGCAACCUAAAGGCCCUCCUGGAAUCAUCAUCACGGUUCCUACACAGAGCAACAAACGGUCGAGUAUAUUUCAAGUCAUUCGUCAUUGAGGUUCCAAAAUAUUGGCCAAAAAGACAAGGUGCACUUGUCCUAGGGGCAACGCAGUUCCUAAAAAGCGAUGUGCGAAUCGUGAAUUCCAAGAGUUGCGGGUUCCAAGAACCUUGCACGGAGACGUCAAGAGGCUGCCAGGAAAAGGCAGACUACAUUUUCAUUCCAUCGGAAUAUCUCCAACGCCUGGAGCCCAUAACGGCGGAAACAAAUGAAAGUGCUGACCCAGACGUGUACGCAGAUGACGGGAAGUACUCUGACUACUACACCACGUUUUCCGGAAGUGGAAGGUACAUCUUGCAGGCAUACGUGAGCGGUCACAACGCCAAGGUGUCCUGCAGGAUGGCAUGUUCUGCAAGUUCCAAUAUGCCUCUCAUUAUGAAGCAGAAUACCACCGCAUCACCUACAGGGCCCUGCAAAGUGCCCCAUGAGUAUCCCAAAGAGUGUUGCGAACUGUCACACAAGUAUCCCAAAAAGUGCUUCCCUUCCUACAACGGCACCUUCGAGUACAAACGCCAGCGGCAAGGAGAAGAGACAAUCAACGGCACUUGGUACAGGGUUGUCGAUGGAGGAUCAUUCUAUGUUGACCACAAUAUCACCGAAAGCAUGUACCCGCCAUUGAAACCUUGGAAAUUUCGAGUCUGUUGUGCGAGACCAGGAAACAAUGGCACUCUUCUCGUUGAGAUGAGCUGGAAUUGGGCGGGUGCACACCUGAACUCUGGAAAAGCGUCAUCAAUCGAUAUCCGUGUGAGUAAGACGUCCGCAAGUCUCGAGGAAAACUUCGAGUCACAGGGGAAGAUUGAUUCAACCCAUUUGGUUGAGGGAACCUUAGAACCUGGUGAAGCAUUCGAGCUUAACGAAGUUACCAUGUCGCUUUCUCCUGAAUGGGCAGAAGUUACAGAACAAUAUACAAGGUGGCAAGUUAAGUUUGCUGCUAGAACGACAAACUCCCUUAACGUGACUUCCGAGCUGUCAGAUGUAGCAGAGUUGGACUACUUCGACGAGGAAAAGUACACAUCAGAGCCCACAAGGCACACAGCAGCAGAAGAAGGUACCACAACAUCAACAGGCGGAAACACAGCCGAAAAUGAUGAUGUGGCGUUUACAUCCACGAUUGAAUACUCUGACGUCGACCAAAAGUACACGCCAAAGGCGCCAAGAAAGGAGCGCCCGAGCUACACGGAAGCUGGCAAAGGCAAUGAAUCUACAGGCGGGCACCGCGCCGAAGACAGCAAUGAUGGCACAUCCACAUCUGCAAUGUCUUUGGUUUUGGCUCUGAUUGUGGCUGGGGUGGUGAUCGUUUGUGCCGGACUAUGGGCGCUUAAAAUUAUCAAGGAUGAACGCGAAGACGUGGGGCAACAAGAGGCUGCUAUUGAAUUGACCACCACAACAAGUGUGUCAGUGCAGUAGAGUUGAAAACUUUGGAAGUUAAUAAACUUCACUCAAGACGA